UGUUUAGUUGGGGCGGUGGAUAAGUGUCGUUAUAAUGCUUUCUAAAUAUCACCAGAGCUUGGUUACCAAUUUUAAGCACUGGGUUUCGAUCAUUCAUCCAACCCCACGAAGAAACCAUACCUAAAAUCUAUCUGGGUUUCCUUUGUAAUAUUCGAACUACUUAGCACGCGAUCGAACGCUGCAAUCUGUUUUGCAAAUCGGAUCAUUUUUCUCAGUCAAAUCCGAAGGGGAGGUUGGAUUUUUCCCAUCAGCAGUGUUUCGGGACAAUCAGAAUCUGGGUCGAUGGCUAGUCUCUAUGUGAAGGCUGUACCUCCGGCGGAUCUGAACAGGAACACAGAAUGGUUUCUGUAUCCUGGUGUUUGGACCACCUAUAUUCUCAUUCUCUUCUUCGUUUGGCUUCUCGUCCUCUCUGUAUUUGGCUGCUCUCCUGGCAUGGCCUGGACCAUCGUCAACCUAUCCCAUUUUGCUGUCACUUACCACUUUUUCCAUUGGAAGAAAGGGACACCCUUUGCUGAAGACCAAGGGAUGUACAACCGAUUGACGUGGUGGGAGCAGAUUGAUAAUGGAAAGCAGCUUACCCGCAACAGAAAGUUCUUGACUGUUGUUCCCGUGGUGCUGUACUUGAUAGCCUCACACACAACUGACUAUCAACAUCCAAUGUUAUUUCUGAACACUCUUGCAGUAAUUGUACUAGUUAUUGCCAAGUUUCCCCAUAUGCACAAGGUACGUAUCUUCGGAAUCAAUGCCGACAAGUGACGCUCACAUCAAGACAUUUGUGGUUGGGUUUGUCAAAAAGCUUCUCGUCCUCUCAAUCUGGUAAAAUGUUAUAUCUUUGUAUAGUAGUUGGGACUGGAAAGAUGCUGAAAACCUUUGUAGUUUUUGUUUUUGUUUUGUACUGACUGCUUGUUUCGCCUGUUGGUUAAUGAAUAAGUAAAUGCAGUUAUCUUUUAUACAGUA